GCGCCUGCGUGGCCGUCUCUGUUUCCGCCGGUCUGGCAGUGGCGGCGGCGGCGGCGGGGAAAGCAACAGUAGCAGCAGCAGCAGCAGCAGCAGCAGCGGGAGGAGGAGUGGUAGUGUUUGGAAGGGCAGCGAACCCGGCGAAGACCCAAACUAGGGGCGUGGAGGGAUGUGCGAACCUAGCAAGCAAGAUUUGGUGACUGUUUUCAAGCGGCUCCGCGCCAUUCCCACGAACAAGUUAUGUUUUGACUGUGGAGCAAAAAAUCCAAGCUGGGCAAGCAUAACAUAUGGCGUUUUCCUCUGUAUUGACUGCUCUGGGACUCAUCGCUCACUUGGAGUUCACUUGAGUUUCAUUCGAUCUACAGAAUUAGACUCAAACUGGUCAUGGUUUCAACUAAGGUGCAUGCAAGUUGGAGGCAAUGCAAAUGCUUCUGCAUUCUUUCAUCAGCAUGGUUGUGCCACAAAUGAUACCAACGCCAAGUAUAAUAGUCGUACUGCACAGCUCUACCGAGACAAGAUUAGAUCUCUUGCAGCUCAGGCCACACGGAAGUAUGGCACAGAUUUAUGGAUAGAUGGCUGCGGAGCCCCUCCUUUAUCACCUCAAGAGAAAGAAGAAGACUUCUUUGCAUCUCAUGGCUCUUCUCGGGUUGACUGGGAAUUAUCACAACAGGAAACAAUUAAUCCACAGGAGAAUUCUUCAGAAAAUAAUUCAGAAAGCAAAGAUGAAGAUCCAGAAGAUGGACCAAGCGUUGAUUACCUUAGUGUAUCACCUCAAGCUUCUUUAGCCAACAUGGAGAAGGUUAAUACUUCAGGCACGGCACCUAACAAAGAAGUCAGUUGUAUGAUGAAGAAGAAACCAAAUCAAGUAAAAAAGGGAAUUGGAGCUAAGAAAUGUGGUUUGGGGGCCCAGAAAAUGAGCAGCAAGAGUUUUAACGAGAUAGAAAAACAAGCACUGGCGGUAGAUAAAAUGAAGGAAGCUGGCACAACAACAGAGAAGGAAGAACCGUUGGUAUCAUCUUUACGACUGGCCUAUAAAGAUCUUGAAAUUCAGAUGAGGGAUGAAAAAUUAAAUAUGGCUGGUAAAAAGAAAACAGAGAUAGAAAGACUUGGCAUGGGAUUCAGUAAUAGUAGACGUGGUAUUUCCCAUUCAAUAAGUUCAGAUAUGCAGAUCAUACAACAAGAAACACCAACAAGCGCAAAACCAAGAAAAAAGUAUAAUGAUGAAGAUGAUUUGUAUUUUUCUUGCCCCAGUUCAAGAUAUUUUGAUUCGUCUGACUUGAGAAGUAGUGCUUUUUCUAAAUGGGAUGACAAUUCUGAUUCAUUCUGGAAGAAAGAAAGCAGCAGCAGCAGAGAUAUUGAUAUGAUUUUGUCUUCCAAGCCUACGAGCUAUUCAGAGAGGUCAUCGUCUCGUAGGAAACUAGAGCAUGAAAAAUCUGCAAACACAGAUGAAGCACAAAAGAAAUUUGGCAAUGCAAAAGCUAUUUCAUCAGAUAUGUACUUUGGAAAGCAAGACCAUGCUGAAUAUGAAGCCAGAGUUCGAUUAGAAAGGCUUUCCGGAAAUGCUGCUAUAAGUUCAGCUGAUUUGUUUGAAGAGCAAAAGAAACAGCCAUCAGGCAAUUAUAAUAUUUCAAAUGUCUUGCCUGGUGCUCCUGAUAUGACUCAGUUUAAACAAGGAGUGAAGUCUGUUGCUGGAAGGCUUUCUGUCCUGGCAAAUGGAGUCAUGACUUCUAUUCAGGACCGCUAUGGUUCUUAACCAUUAUGUUUCAGGUGACUGGCUAUCUAGAAGAUU